UCUCUCUACCCCACCCCCUCUUUCUGGCGUCCAUCCCCUCCCCAACACCACCUCUGCUGCUGCCUCUGGCUGUGGACCUGAACCUCUUCCCCAUCCCUGCCAGGUCCGGGGAGCGGGGUGAGCCUGGAUGGGAGCCCCCCCACCAACCUGGGGCUCUCCCAGGCCAUGGCCCGGGUGCUCCCAGGGAGAAGCCCCGGACCCUGAGCAUCUGCUAGAGGCUUGGCGGAGGCCCCGCUGGGACUGUGUCUUCUGAGGACAAAAGGCGGCGGCCAGCAGGCAGACGGGGUAGUGGGGGGAGGGGGCCCGGCAGGCGGACAGACAGGCAGCAGGGGACAGCGGUAGCCCCCCUCCCAGCUCGGCGAAGGCUUGAAGAUGGGGUGAGAGUGUGUAAUGGGGGAAGCACCUUCUGGGACCCCCACCUGCCAGCUAGUUGGGCAUCCCAAGGCAAUAUGCUGCCCACUUGGUAUUCCCCAACACCCCCGAUGCUGCCGAGUGCACCCCUCCGGUGCCUGCUUCCCCUGAUGCCUGCGAUUUAGACCAACCCAGCUGUAUCCACGGCAACCAAAGCAGGAGAGUCACUGGCCUCCCAUCACAGAGGGUCCCACAAUGUGGCCUGGGCUGUGACCGAUCUUGGGGGUGGAGACAGCUUAAGCCCUCUUCCUGGAUUCCAAGACAUUCCUGCUGAGAAAGCCCAGGUGCAGCCCACAGGAUAACUGAUGGAGUCCCGCAGGGUCCAUCAGGUACCGGACUGGCUGACCCCAUAGGGUUGACAGCAGCCCUUGCCCCCUCAGUAUGGCCAACAGCACCGGAGAGCCCGAGGAGGCGAGCGGCGCCCUGUCCCCGCCAUCAGCGUCGGCUUAUGUGAAGCUGGUGCUGCUGGGACUCAUCAUGUGCGUGAGCCUGGCAGGCAAUGCCAUCUUGUCCCUGCUGGUGCUCAAAGAGCGUGCCCUGCACAAGGCUCCUUACUACUUCCUGCUGGACCUGUGCCUGGCCGAUGGCAUACGCUCUGCCGUGUGCUUCCCCUUUGUGCUGGCUUCUGUGCGCCACGGCUCCUCGUGGACCUUCAGCGCGCUCAGCUGCAAGAUCGUGGCCUUCAUGGCUGUGCUCUUUUGCUUCCAUGCGGCCUUCAUGCUGUUCUGCAUCAGUGUCACCCGCUACAUGGCCAUUGCCCACCACCGCUUCUACGCCAAGCGCAUGACACUCUGGACCUGUGCAGCUGUCAUCUGCAUGGCCUGGACCCUGUCUGUGGCCAUGGCCUUCCCACCUGUCUUCGAUGUCGGCACCUACAAGUUUAUCCGGGAGGAGGACCAAUGCAUCUUUGAGCAUCGCUACUUCAAAGCCAAUGACACACUAGGCUUCAUGCUUAUGUUGGCUGUGCUCAUGGCAGCCACACAUGCUGUCUAUGGCAAACUCCUCCUCUUCGAGUAUCGUCACCGCAAGAUGAAGCCAGUGCAGAUGGUACCAGCCAUCAGCCAGAACUGGACAUUCCAUGGCCCUGGGGCCACCGGCCAGGCUGCUGCCAACUGGAUCGCCGGCUUUGGCCGUGGACCCAUGCCACCAACCCUGCUGGGUAUCCGGCAGAAUGGUCACGCAGCCAGCCGGCGGCUGCUGGGCAUGGACGAGGUCAAGGGUGAGAAGCAGCUAGGCCGCAUGUUCUACGCGAUCACACUGCUCUUCUUACUCCUCUGGUCACCCUACAUUGUGGCCUGCUAUUGGCGAGUUUUUGUGAAAGCCUGCGCCGUGCCCCACCGCUACCUGGCCACCGCUGUCUGGAUGAGCUUCGCCCAGGCUGCCGUCAACCCGAUCGUCUGCUUCCUGCUCAACAAGGACCUGAAGAAGUGCCUGAGGACUCACGCCCCCUGCUGGGGCACAGGAGGUGCCCCAGCUCCCAGAGAACCCUACUGUGUCAUGUGAAGCAGGCUGCUAGGCAGACAGGCAGGGAAAAAGUCAUGGCCACCAUGACGGGGGCCACCAGGAAGGGCCACAUGGGGCCCCACACAGGAGCCUUCUUUUUUUGAGCUCCAGCCCCAGUCCUUAGAACCACCCAGAACCCAGGCACCUUUCCCAACACCUCCCCAGGGUGGGAGACUGGGAAAGAGAUGUUCCUAGUUUUGUGGGGUCUGUCUCCACCACCUCCUUCUCCACUUUCUACAAUCUCAUUUUCUCUCUCUUUUCUCUCUCUCUCUCUUUCAGAAGUGACAAUUCAGAAAAAUAAAACAAAACUGAAAAUGCAGGUUUUUCUACGAACAGUGGAGGAGACAGGCUUUCUUGCUUUCAGUGGCUCUCCUUCUGACACUGUCCGGAAGGGGCAAAUGUGUCCUGUAAAAUAGAUUCCCAGAGCUCUGUUGCCCCCCUCCCCUCUGCUCCCACGCCCCCUCCCCUCCCAUGUCCUUUAGCAAGGCCUGGAUGUUGGAGAGGAGGUGAAACUGAUCCAAGGCUACUGACAAGAGGGACCUUAAAGCAGGGGGUCUGGAUCUCCCAGGGAGCAGGGAUGUUUAAUUGCUAUGUGCUGUGCAAUGUUGUUUUUGGCUAACCCUGGUCCCAAGCCCUGUCUCCUCUUUCCCCUCUCCCCCACUCCCGUGUCCAGACCUCCCAAGUGUAUCUUCAACAUCUGUUUGAAAAGCCAAGAGGGCAGGGGAUGAACCCGCGGCCCCCUGCCAUCCCCCAGGAUGGGUCCAGGCUAGGUGAAGAACAGAAUGUGCGUUGAACUCUUCCAGCUGAAGAGCCUCAAGUUUGGCUGCAUUUUCUUAACGCUGGAUGCCCAACCCCCAAAUCUUCCUGAAGACACAAGAUCCCAUUGCAGCACUGCUCAGGCAGGGCUGUGGUGGGUGCCCUGCAGGCCGGAACAGCUCCCUGGGGGUGAGGGGGAGUUGUAGGGAGGGAGCUGAAGUCCUCCCAGAGGAACUAGACCCUAGUACCUGGAGUCAUAAUUGAACACAACCCCUGCCCCCUGCCCCAAAUUGCUGCCUGGGUUCACACUACUCUUCUGAAGAUGGAAAUUCUUUUUGGGGUCUUGGUAACUGAUAGUGGUACAAACUCCAAGGCAUUAGAGACUUGAGUCCAUUUCUAUUUGACUUCUUUUG